AUGUGUCAACAUUUCAAGAACCUCUCCAACAACUUGCGGCUGCUGGAGAUCAUACUGUGCGUGUUAGCCUUGGUCAUCCCUAUUUUCAGGGGUAGGAUGGUGAACCCGUAUGGCAUCUACUGCGAGUUUGUCUGGGUCUUCUGUAUCAUUGUGGCCGUGGUCCUUCUGGUGUUUGAGAUCAUGCUUUUGCAUAUCCUCCUCGCUGCCUGCCUGCCCAACUGGGACGACCUGGUUUGCGGUCUGACCAUGCUGUGCACGCUCAUGGUCGCCGCCGCCACGCUCAUCUUCGCCAUCAAAUUUGCUUGUUUGUCCUGCGUCAGCAGUAUUUUCUGCGUCAUCUUCUCAUUGGCCGCUACUGUGGUUUUCCUGAUCGACAGUGUCAUAAGGAAAAUGAAGUGUCCGGAGGGCUAUCUGUCCAGUCUCAGGGGGGUCCUCCGCUUCACAGAGGCCGUCCUGGCUUGUAUCAUCCUGGCCGGCGCCACCAACUACUUCCUGGGCGUGGAGAGUGUCUUCCGUCCGCCCGCCAUGUUUUUGUGCAUCGUGGUCUAUAUAGUUUGCCUCCCUGUCACAGUGCUCAUCAUACUCAUCCAUCUGAUCAAGCUACUUGAAUGCCUCAUCUCAUGUAUUGGGAUGAAGCUGUUGGAGUUGGUGUUCAAUGUACUGGCUGUGGUGUUUUACCUGUCUGCUGUCGUCCUCUGGCCCCUCUUUGGUUACAGGCACUACCGUAACUACAAUCCGCCUAACUGUGACUACUGUCACCAUGAUGACCUGGAUGUGGUAAUUGUGGGGACCAUUGGCAAUCUCAGCCUAUACGUUGUGGACUUGGUUUUUAGCGUCUUGGCUCGAAUUAAAUCCUAA